AUGGACAAGUUGUUGCAGUCAGGUUAUUAUGGUGUGAUUCUCUGUGCUGUAGAAUGUGAAAAUAUGGCCAAACCUGCAGAUGAUUUAUCCUCACCACAACAGCAUGAAUUGCAAGCCUUGUUGGAUUCUUUUUCUGUAGUCUUUGGCACCCUAACUACUCUACCUCCUGUGAGAGAACAUGAUCAUCGGAUCCCACUGAUUUCUGGUUGUAAACCACCAAGCAUUAGACCAUAUGCUUAUGGACCACUUCAAAAGUCAAAAAUUAAAAAUUGUGUCAAAGAGCUGCUGGACUCGGGAUUUAUAAGGAACAGUCAUAGUCCUUUUUCUUCUCCUAUUUUGUUGGUCAAGAAAAAGGAUAGCACAUGGAGAAUGUGCAUGGAUUACAGACAGUUAAACGAGUUAGCUAUUAAGGAUAAAUAUCCAAUUCCACUUAUUGAUGAUCUGUUGGAUGAAUUGCAUGGGGCAAAGUAUUUUUCCAAAUUGGACUUGAGGAGUGGCUAUCAUCAUAUUAGAGUUCAUCCAGAAGAUAUUGAAAAAAUGGCUUUUUGGACUCACGAGGGACAUUAUGAAUUCCUUGUUAUGCCCUUUGGUUUGACAAAUGCUUCUGCCACAUUUCAAGGUUUGAUGAAUGAGAUCUUCCGAAAUUGUUUACGGAAGUUUGUCUUGCAUCAUCAACUUUUUGUCAAGAUGUCCAAGUGUGCCUUUGGAGUUUCUACUAUUGAAUAUUUGGGCCACAUUGUCUCUAGGCAAGGAGUUUCAGCUGAUCCUUCCAAAUUAAACAUAGUUGCUAAUUGGCCUAUACCUACUUCUGUUAAAAGUUUGAGAGGAUUUUUGGGCCUCACAGGCUAUUAUCGAAAAUUUAUUCCUCACUAUGGUAGGGAAAGUUUCCCUUUGACUCAGUUAACCAAGAAGGAUGGAUUUUUGUGGACUCCAGAGGCUACUACUGCCUUUCACAAACUCAAGGAACUCAUGUUAUCUCCCAAGUUUCUCGCCUUGCUGGAUUUUACAAAACCUUUAUCAUUGAGAGUGAUGCUUUUGGAUCUAGUAUAG